UGAAGACUUCGAACUCUGCUUCACAUCUAUCCAGAAAUCGUGCCAGAAUCUACAGACGCCGCUGUUACUAAAGAAUCACAGCUGCGACCACCAGCAUCAGCAACCGAAACCUGAAUUCCUGGUUUAGUAAGUACGUAGAAAAGACCAAUGUAUACUCCUGGAAUUCUGUUGUCGCCGACCUGGCACGUACAGGAGACUCCAUCGAAGCCCUUCCAGCAUUUUCAUCCAUGCGGAAACUUGCUCUCUAGCCCAACAUGCCCGCUUUCCCUUGCGCCAUCAAAUUCUGUUCGGCUCUCCUCGAUCUCAUCUCUGGAAAGCAAACUCACCUACAAGCGCUUGUAUUCGGGUUUGAGUCGGACCUUUUUCUGUCGUCGGCUUUGAUUGAUAUGUAUGCCAAAUGCGGCCAUUUGACGGAUGCAAGAACGCUGUUUGAUGAAACUCCGCAUAGAAACGUUGUCUUGUGGACGUCCUUGAUUACUGGAUACGUGCAAAACGACAAUGGACUUGGAGGCUUUGCUGCUCUUUAAGGAGUUCUUGGUUCAGGAGUCCGAAGGGGAUCGAAUUGAGGAUGUUUCCAUUGAUUCAGUUGCCAUGGUAUCUCUUUUAUCAGCAUAUGUGGUCGAGUUUCCAGAGUUGACCGAAGCGGGGAUGUGGGAGUUGGGAAUCCACUUUGGGCCUGUUAUGUUUUCUACUGUGGGCUGUGGGCCCAUUGGACCUCUCAACCUAUUUUGAGCAGGCCCAUUUCCACUUCCUUAAAUUGACAACUUGGAAACUCGAUGGUUGGGGUAAACCUAUGGGUUCAGAUGACAAACUCUGAAGUUGCAAAUCGAUGUGGGUUCGCGAUCGCGGUGCCAAUUCUGCUGUAGUGCUGCGACGUUGAUGAUCGCCGUGCCAAUACUGCUGUCUCCGGUAUCUUCAAUUUCUCGAUUCAUCAAUUCCUGAUCUCUGAUUCGAUUUGGGGAAAAGGAGAUGACGAAGAGAGCAAUCGAAGAUCUGAAGAUUGAAAUCCUGGAGUUCGUUCAUUCAGGCUAAAAAAGCUUUCAUGGAAGGCGUGAGAGGGAAGAAAGAAAUGAACGACGUCGUGCUCCAAAUUUCAAGCAGGGAAGAAGUUUUUCACACUAACAAUGGAAUCAGAGGUUCUACUACAGCUUCUGCGGUCACUGGGUCUAGCUCUCACCCGAUUUCAAGCAGUUCUCAACUGGGUUCUUCUCCAGAAGGUUCAAAUCUGGAAUUGGUUGAGCUUGAAAACCUAAAAUGCAGUGUCCAAACACCCCCUUCUUCAGAGAGAGCACAGCUGAGCCCAGCUCCCAAGAUGCCUCCAAAAAUCUCAACUGAUACUUUGACUCGAAGAACAUCACUUGCACGGUCCGAGUUUUCAAAGCCGAAAUCGAGAUUCAUAGAGCCACCAUACCCAAAGAAUACCAGUUUGGUUGAAGAGCAGACCCAUUUGGAAAAUUCUAGCUCGUCCUACAGGGAUUCUUCAAAUGCUGCUUCACCAAGAAACAAAGUAAGUGCUACAACAACCAAAGAGAAUAUAAAAUCGGCCGCGUUAAUCCGAAAAACUUCAUUGAUUGGGUCGCCAGGAGGAGACGAUGAGGAUGAUGAAGUAUAUGAGACUGCAAGUUUGGAAGCUAGCAAAAACAAGGGUAAGAAAUGGACUGUCUUGCUGUUGAUUGAAUUGAUUGUUUUUGUGUCCUUCACGGGCAUUUUGAUUAUGAGCUUGACUGUGGAUAGAUUGCAGAAUUCUAUGAUUUGGGGCUUGGAAUUAUGGAAAUGGUGUGUAUUGGUAUCGGUUGUUUUUUGUGGUCGACUAGUUACGGGAUGGUUAAUGUAUGUUUUGGUUUUGUUGAUAGAAAGGAACUUCUUGCUUAGGAAUAAAGUUUUGUAUUUUGUCUAUGGAUUAAAGAGGAGUGUUCAAGUUUUUAUUUGGUUAGGGUUGGUUCUUCUAGCUUGGUUCGUGCUGUUUACCCUUGGAGUCGAGCGAUCAAAGGAGACUACUAAGAUUCUGAAUCACGUUACAAGGGCUCUUGCAGGUUGUCUAAUUGGAGCGGCUAUAUGGGUUGUGAAAACCUUCUUAAUAAAGUUGCUAGCUUCUUCUUUCCAUGUCACUAGAUUCUUUGACAGGAUUCAGGAAUCAAUCUUUCAUCAGUAUGUUCUUCGGACCCUCUCAGGGCCUCCAUUGAUGGAGAUGGCUGAGGGGGUUGGAAACACGGCGACAAUCCCAGUCGUAUUGAGUUUAACGAAUUUGAAGAAGAAGGAUUGGAAAAGUAAAGAAAUAGUUAAUAUUGAUAAGCUGAAAAGAAUGACGCCAGAGACUAUUUCCGCUUGGACCAUGAGAGGGUUAACUAAUGUGAUUAGUGGCUCAGGGUUGUCGACACUUUCGCAUACCCUCGAUCAGAUUGUUGAUGUUGAUGAGGGUGAGAACAAAGAUAAGGAGAUAACUAGUGAGUGGGAAGCAAAGGCUGCUGCUUAUCGAAUUUUCCAGAAUGUAGCCAAGCCUGGUAGCAAGUACAUUGAUGAGGAGGACCUUUUACGCUUCAUUAAAAAGGAGGAGGUAGAUAAUGUGCUCCUACUCUUCGAAGGUGCAGCAGAAACUCGAAAAAUCAAGAGAAAAGCUUUAAAGAACUGGCUGGUUAAAGUUUACCUUGAACGCAAAUCACUAGCACAUUCCUUAAAUGACACCAAAACAGCCAUAGAGGAGUUAAACAAGCUACUUUCUGGAGUGCUGCUCAUGGUCAUUACUAUUGUGUGGUGUCUUUUGAUGGGAUUUUUAACAACAAAAGCACUGGUCUUCAUUUCAUCUCAGCUUUUACUGGUUGUAUUUAUGUUUGGUAAUACUGUCAAGACAGUGUUUGAAGCCAUCAUAUUCGUAUUCAUAAUGCACCCGUUUGAUGUUGGCGAUCGUUGUGUGAUUGACGGAGUACAGAUGGUUGUUGAAGAGAUGAACAUAUUGACAACGGUGUUCUUGAGAUUUGACAAUGAGAAAAUAUUCUAUCCGAAUUCAGUUCUAGCUACCAAACCCAUUAGCAACUUUUACAGAAGCCCUGAAAUGAGUGAUUCUGUGGAAUUUGCUGUUGAUGUUUCCACUUCAAUUGAGGUUAUUGGAUCCCUAAAAGCUAGAAUAAAAGUAUAUUUGGAGAGCAAGUCCCAACACUGGCGACCUAACCACUGCAUUGUGGUUAAGGAGAUUGAGAACGUGAACAAGAUGAAAAUGACUCUCUAUGUAAACCAUACCAUAAACUUCCAGAACUACACGGAUAGGAAUAACAGAAGGUCUGAACUAGUUUUGGAGCUUAAGAAGAUUUUUGAAGAGCUUGGUAUUAAAUUUCAUCUUCUGCCUCAAGAAGUUCAGCUUAGACAUGCUGGGUCUGCAGCUUCUGAGUUUCCACUUCCUACGCGGUGAUGGUUUCUCUUCUUUGUGAACAAACUCAGAUUUUCUAUCAACUCUAAUGGUCGCUACUCAUUCGCAAAUUCAGAUUUAAGAAAUGAAAACUCUCAG